CCACCUUUACCGUUGCGCUGCCAUUACACUGUUCUCCCACAGCAGUUCUCUAGACAUAGACAAACACUGCUUGCUUGUCAUGUCUAUUCGGAUCUCUCUGCUUGAAAGGGUGAACAAGAAUUGACCUUGGUGGACUAUGCUGCCACGAGUUGUUGACGGUCCUUCCAUCGGCAUCGACCUCGGAACGACAAAUUGUGCUGUCGCGGUCUGGGAUUCUACUCGGGGUCAUCCGAAAUGGAUGCGACUAGCUAACAUAGCGACACCGCCACGCAAUUCUAGCAAGAUAGGUCGCGUUGUUCCCUCCGCUGUCCUCUUCCUGACGCGAGAUGCAGCAGCACUACACAACCUUUUGGACGAGGCUCAAGAUGUCGACGGGAUUCUGGAACGAUCUGAUCUGGUGGCUCUCGUUGGCAACAGUGCAGUGAAAAUCCUGGAGAAAUCUCAAGCACGUGAGAUUGAAAUGCCUUUCUCACCGGCUCAGGUAUCGGCCGCUUUCGUGGCCAGUGUCAAGCGAUUGAUUGGCGCAGCCAACUCGAUAGCUUUUCGGAAUAGCGAUUUUUUGGACUCGCUCCCCUACCGAGUAGUCUCGGGCGGAACGGAAGAAAAUAAUCUAUAUCUCGAGAUAACUCCUCUGGGGUCCUCCGAAACAGUCCUCGUGACGCCAACGCAAGUAUCAGCCGUUUUGUUACAAUCGCUGCGUUUAUCUGCCGGACGGUACCUAAGGCUUUGUGCUGCAAAAAAGCAGUUGAAAGUUCCCGGGGAUGCUAGAGAGCCUUGCUGUCACGCUGUGGUCGGUGUGCCUGCGCAGUAUGGUCGGGCGCAGCGUAGUCUGAUAGAGCGAGCUUGCCGAAUUGCCGGCUUUACGGGUCGCGUGCUGUUACUUACAGAAUCAACUGCUGCCGCCAUUGCCUACGGCUUAACGGUCGGAAUUACUAUUGCAACAACGAAAACGAUUCUAGUAUUCGAUAUGGGAGGUGGGACAACCGAUAUUACAAUUGCUGAAAUGCAUCCACCAGCUUUAGAAGCGCCAACGUCAGUCAAUGCCGACUUUGAGGUCAAGGUGACGUUCGGAGACCAAAGGUUAGGCGGGGAUGAUAUGGAUGCAGCCCUUUCAAGAUUGGUAUGGCAGCGUCUGAAAGUGCAUCCGUCAGACUGUAGUUUGCAUACACAGCGUGAGGUUUUACUCCACGGCAAGCAAGCCAAAGAAGCAUUGUGUGGCAAUGCUGAGCAUGGCGAUCUGCAACCAGUCAAUUCAUACUCAAUGACUGUUCAUGGCCGGUCAAUAUGUUUGACGCGAAAGGAUUUCGAGGCUGUGAUUGAGCCGCUAAUACAUCGAGCAAAGAAGUUGAUCCAAGAGGCGAUACGGCAGUAUAAAGCUACUUCUUGCACUUCGAUUAUGACUGAUCAAACCGACGCUGCUAUAACAUUCGACGAAGUUCUUCUCGUCGGUGGAGCCACCCGUGUUCCGGCAGUACGGUCACUGCUCAAACAACUUUUCCCUCCGCCGGUCCCUCCCGAAUUGUGUUUGUCUUUGAAUGCCAUGGCUGCAGUGGCACAAGGAACGGCUAUUCAAGCCGCUUUGUGGUCCGGUUUGAUACCAAGAUACGACAUUGAAUCUGCUCUAAUGCUGGAUACCGUACCACACGCAAUAGGAGUGCGUUUGAGUGAAGCACACUUCAUUGAGGUCAUUAAGAAAGGAUCACCUUUGCCAGCGACCGGAUUUGCUCCGUUUCAGUUAGCUGAUGCUCGACAAGCGGGCGUUACAGUACAGGCCGUGGAGCAAGUCGACAUCGAAACCUAUGAAAGCAUUGGAGACUUCACCUUUUUGCUGCAUCGGAUGACGAAGGCACAGCUGGCAAACUUGGGGAACGACGCACGAUUGGUAGAUGUGGGCAUGAAACUGAACGCGCAAGGAGAGUUUGUUGUUUCAAUUUUGGACCCUCACGAUCCCGAGCACGUUAAGAGACGUUUAAAUCAUGAAAAAAUACGUGCGGCAUCUGCCGAUGGAUCAAAAGCGGGCCAUAGUGUUUUGAAUACCUACACCGCAACUGCAGAGGUUUGUGAAGGUGAAGCGUUAUUGACGGAUCAACUCGUGUUGUGCUUUGUCUGUAUACUAUUGUUUGUGGUCUACGUUAUGGUCAAACUUUUAGUUGCCGAACCAAUUUCUGUCCUGCAGCCAUGA